AUGUCAGAUAAUAACCUGUCUAACUGUGAGCAAGUAUCAUCAAAUGAAGAUUUUAUUUAUUAUUCUAAAAUAUGUUUUGGACUAUCAUUUCCAGCUGUUGUAAUACAUAUCAUAUUUUGGCUACACAUUUCAUUUUAUCAUCAAUUACGUAAACGUUCAAUGUUAUGGAUUUAUAAUUAUAUGUUAUGUGAUCUUGUCUAUCUUAUGCAAUUUUAUAUUGAAUAUGGUACACGAAUAUCAUCAUUAAUUUGCCAUAUUCAUUCUUUAUUACGUGGAUUUUUAUGUUAUUUAGAAAGUUAUACCGGAAUAUAUUUGAGUUCAAUUGAAUCUUAUCUUUUAGUUGGUUUAAACCUAUGUCGAUAUUUACAUAUUGUUAGAAAUGUUAAUUUAUUUCAUCAUAGUCAACGUAUAUGGAAUCUGUUAAUUAUAUCAAUGUUAUCUUUGUAUAUAAUAGCUUUAUUAAGUUUAAUAUUUCAAAUAAAUAUUUUACAUAUUGGUUAUGUACAUACUACAAGUAGAAUGAUGCCUUGUCACAUUGAUCUGAUAUUGGGGAUUGAUGAAUAUAUAAAUAUAACACUUGUUAUUAUUAUACCGGUUUUAUUAAACGGUCUUUUUACAUUACUUAUUUUUUUACAUGUACGAAAAUCACGAUCAAAUAUUCAACGUUGUCAACAUAAACAGCAAAUUUUAUUAUUAAUUCAAUUAUUUGUAUUGUAUUUUGUAUGGUUAACAUUAUGGUCACCACAUGUAAUUAUCUCGUAUCGAUUACUUGAAUUUGGUGAUAUAAGUCAAUAUACGAAAAUAUGUGCACUAUCAAGAAUAAUUAUAGAUCCAUUGAUAUUUAUUUUGCUAGAUAAACGAUUUUAUAAACAAUGGAAACAAACAGGACAAUGUUUAUUAAGACUACAACAACAACGACGACAUAGAAGAAUACAGCCUCAAAUACAAAUAAUUACUAAUACCACAAAUGUAAAACAAUAG